AUGUCUCUAACAGCUCGACUACUCGCUACAAGUUUUUAUGAUGAUGAAUGCCAAGCAGGAAUGGAAGAGAACGUAGAGAUGAAAGAUAUGUCAAAUGAUAUCCAAAAACAUCUGGGCUUAAAAUUCACUUUAGGUGAGCUCUUGGAUUGUAGUGCUUUCAGCCCAGAUGGCAAAUAUUUGUGCUUUACAACUGAUACGAAUGUUUUAUAUGUAAUAGCAAAUAUCGAAGAACGAUUUUGGACAGCUGAGAUUGCAAGAAGCAGGGAAAUAGGCAGACAUCCAAGCAUUAGGAGUCCAUCUAUCAUUCAAAAUCAACAAAUAACGCCUUACACGCUUGGAAGGAGAAUAAAUAUCAUCAAGAUGAGGCAAGACCCAAAGACCAAUGCUUAUAUAAUUGGCUGUUCUGGAACUAAGGCCAUAACUAUAUUUGAACUCAAUGAAGGCAUCUUAACCAAAAUAUAUGAGAAGACAAUUGAAGUCAGCUCGGCUGCUUUAGAAAUCACAGAGGAUAUGGCAAUUCUUCAUAACACCAAUAGAGAAAUCAAAAAAAUAACAUACACAAAAGUCAACAACGUAUAUGAUUUUGACGACGAUACAAUUGCUUUCUCAGUUAGAGACUCUACUGCGAUUUCAUCUUUUGAAGGAAUAAUUGCUUCAGGGAAUUCAAAAGGAAUAAUCCAUAGAUUGAGGCCAGAUAAUGAUUGGCCUUUGGAAAUUGCAUGGGAUGUACAUGAUGGCAUGCCAAUACGAAUAUGAGCAAUUAGCUAUUAUAAAACAUAUAUAAUAGCUGGCUAUGACAAUGGAUUUGUCUAUAUGUAUAAUGACUAUAUAACUGAAAUUAGAAAAAUAAAGUCAUUUAAGGCACAUGACGACGUCGUAAGAUUUAUCGUUCCAAACCCUUUCAGUAACUACAUUCUUACUGCAAGCAGAGAUGCGACAAUUAAGCUUUGAAAAAUCCAUAAAGACUGCAUGAAAGAGACAUAUCUCCAUAAUUCUUCUUCAAAAGGGCAAGAAAAACAUUUCAGGUCAAUAAAUUUCUCUUCUAAUGGCAUUAAUCCUGAAAUUACAAUUGCUACAAGAAGUGGGAAGGUUUUAAAGUAUUUAUCUCCUGAAUAUCUCGACUCCGAAACAUGCCUGGUAGAAAACAAUGAAGAGAUUUAUCAUUUGUGCUCUCACGAAUCGAAUUUGAUCUCUUUCGCAAGGGAUAAAGAAAUUAAAGUUCUAGAAAACAUUAGAGAAGAAUGCGAAAAUUAUAAUUUCACUUCUUCUAAUUCUAGAUUAAGGCAAGGUGGAGCAAUAACCACAGAUGUACCAGAAAAGCCAAUGAGCAUAAGUCCUGAUGGAAGCCAGCUUUUGUAUUGUGCUGAUGGGAGACUGAUAAAAGCUGAUUUGCAUACUAGUAGAGUAGUUCAAGAACCUCAAAUUGAAGAUGCAGUGAUUUCAAUAAUUACUUAUGAAGAUAACGGAGAAUUUUAUGCUUUCACAGGGCAUAAGGGGCAUUGGAUUCGGCAAUGGCGAAUAAAUGAUAUAACGACUCCGAUCGCAGAGACUAAAGUUCAUACUUCUCGAGUGAGAUGUCUUGCACUGGCUAAGAUUGAGGAGAAAUCCCCCUUAGACGCCUCACCUAGAAGUACUAAAAUUUUAUUUUCAGGCGGGAAAUGCACUAUUAUAGGGUACAGAAUAGACCAAACUGAUAUGAUGACCAGAGUGAAAGCUCAUUCUAAAUAUAUAAAUGACUUGAAGGUCACCAAUGACUGCUCUCUGCUUAUUUCUUGCUCUGAUGAUUGUUUGGUGCUGAUAUGGAGUAUAAACUUCAGCUUUGGCUAUAACGAGCUUAGUCUUGCAAAAUUAAAGCAAAUUUCUUACCAUCAAGAAAGAGUUACAAGUUUGCUAAUUAAUGACAAGCAUUUUAUGGCGUCUUCAUUUGAUGGAAAAGUCUCAAUAUGAAACAUAUCAGAUUUUUCUCUUUGCUUAAGCUUGAAUUUUGAUGAAAAAUGCAGCUCUGUUGUUUCUUUGUCAAAUAACUCUAUCCUUGCAGUUGCAGCAGGAAAGAAAAUCAUUGUUUUAGACAACCCUGUUUCAACUAGAAAAUUUUUAAUAUUUGGAGAGCGAAGCAAAAUAAGAAAAUUCAUAAAAUAUAUAUACUCAGCUUACAGCUCAAGCCCUCCAGAGCAUGAUGUAGAGAUGGAUAACUUUUUUAUAGCAAAAUACCAUAUGAAUAUUCUACAUAUCUAUGCUGACAGAGACUUGGCAGAGCAUUUGACACUAAGUUUAAAAGCUGAUGGACCAUUUUCAGCAACUAUUCAAAACGAAACACCCCUCAGCUUAAGUUUGAAGAGUAGGCAUAGAGACUGUAUUAAUGCAAUCUUAGAUAAUAUAAAUAAAAGAAUCAUCGAAUCCCCUAAAACUGCUUCUUAUUUAGAAGAGAAAUUAGAUGUCCUUAAUGAAAUCGGUGCAAGCUCACUAGAUGAGUUUUAUACAUCUAUUUUCAUUAAGAGAGAAAAUGAAGUCGAAAAAUUUGUUACAAAAUACAAUAGACUCCCUAAAAUUAUUUAUUCAGAAACCUUUGUGCCUUUAAAAAGAAACUUUGAAGAGGAAAAUAAAUUUACUUUUGGACGCCAUGGCACCCCAAUUGUCUUCUUUGUCAGCGCUGUUCAGGUAAAUAUGAUAUGGACCCAGACCUUGAUAUAUUUCACCUAUCUUACUCUAUUAUCGCUUUAUUUUAUUUUCUUUAAUGAUACGUGGGGUUUCCUCUAUUUGAUAUCUGGCUUCAACAUGAUUUUAUUUUUAAUUGAAGUAGCGCACAUGAAAGUGGACUUUCAGGCCUAUGCCAAGGACAAGUGGAAUUAUUUUGACAUUUUAAGGGACCUUUGUAUGUUUGUUUACGUAAUAAUCAAGGAAAUAUUGGAAAUUAAUGAUGGUUACUUAGGCUUGCUAUUAAUUACAGUUGUAGUAUUGUCUUGGGCUAAAGGAAUCAGCUAUUUCCGAGUGCAUAAGUCGACAAGAUACAUUGUAAAUUUGUUCUCCAAUGUAAUCAAAGAUAUGAUUUCUUUUGUGAUUUUUCUUUUCUUUUUAGACAUUGCUUUUGUGGUCAUCUUUAUUGCCAUAGACUUCUUAGAGCAUAAUGAAAUCCAAUCAAUUGGUAGCUAUUUUAUAUCAAUUUAUUUAUUAAACUAUGGCGAUUUCAACACAGAUGACUAUACCACAAUUAAAUGGGUGUUUUGUUUCUUCGCAACACUGUGCAAUACCUUAAUUAUGCUCAACCUUUGCAUUGCAAUUAUUGGAAAUUCGUUCACAAAAGUCCAAGAAAAUCGCGUAAUUGCUGACCAGCUGGAAAUGAUUGAUAUAAUUUUAGAAUGCGAACUUUUAAUGGUUACAAGAAGGGAUAAAGGAAUAAAAAAAUAUUUGCAGAUGUGCAGUGCAAAGGAUUCUAAAGAAGGAAAACAGGAUAAGAUUGAAGAAAUGCUGGAUGAAAUGAAAGGAAAUUUAUCAAAAGCAAUUGAAGAAUUGUCAGGGAAAACUGAUAAGGUUGUUGAGGGGAAGCAGGAUAUUGCAGAAUUAAAAGAAAUGGUCCAAGCAUUAUUUAGGAGACAGCAAUCAGAAAAUGCUGCAGAAAUUAGGAGAGAACAUUCAAUUAAUUAA